UUACAUACAAAUCCCCAAUUCUAAAACUCCAAACCCUAACACAACCUGAAAAACUCUUUAACAGCAAAAUCGGCGGAGAAAAUGUUGAGGCUGGCGUCGAAGAGGCUGCUUGGGCAAGCGGCACGGGAGGUCCCAUCCGGGCCCGUUCAGAUUCUGUCCCGUCUUUACCACAAGAAUGUCAUCGACCACUACAAUAAUCCUCGUAACGUCGGGUCUUUCGAUAAGAACGACCCAAACGUUGGCACGGGCUUGGUCGGGGCUCCGGCUUGUGGCGAUGUUAUGAAGCUGCAAAUCAAAAUCGACGAGGAGUCAGGAAAAAUCAUCGAUGCUUGCUUUAAAACCUUCGGCUGUGGGUCAGCGAUUGCAUCUUCUUCUGUUGCUACUGAAUGGGUGAAAGGGAAAAGCAUGGACGAGGUGCUUACCAUUAAAAACACGGAGAUUGCAAAACAUUUAUCACUUCCACCAGUGAAGCUGCACUGCAGUAUGCUUGCAGAAGAUGCUAUCAAGGCAGCUGUAAGAGAUGUAGAGACUAAACGUGCCAAGUUGAAUGGAACUUCAAAUGCUGCGCCUAUUGAGAAGGCUGCUGAUGCAUGAUGUCUCUGUAUAUGCUGACGAAAAAAGUCUGGAGACCUGGUAAACAAAGACCCAUCAUUGUGUACAAUUGGUAAAUAAAGACAAAAUGGACACAGUGAAACUCUAAAGUACCGUAAGUAGGACACAUGUAAUAUUUACUUUUCAAGAAAGGAUGUCUGGUCAAUGGUAAAACUAUAUGAGAAUAAAGCAUUGGGUAAAUCCAGAUACAUACAAUCAUUGUAAUGUUCAGUGUUUAAGGUAGAGUCUACCCUGCUUGCACUUCCUUUCAAGUUUGAUGUUAUGAAAUUUACAAUUUUUCUUUCUUUUGAAACUCCUGAGAAUUUUGGAUCAAAAUUUGUUUGCCUUUGUAAACAUUGUGGAAUCACCUUUGCUGUGUG